AUGAAAUCACUUGUGGUCGGAUAUUUAAUUAUUUUAAUUGUUCUAAUGCAGUAUUUGAAUGCCAGCACACAGAUAACUGCUGAUCGUAUCCAUGCGGCUGGAUAUGGAAGUGAAACACAUACAGUCAUUACGGAAGAUGGUUAUGUUUUGACGGUGUUUCGUAUAAUUGGACGAAACAAUGAGACGAGAUCUACACCCGGUCCAGCGGUUCUCCUAAUGCAUGGUUUAAUGAGUUCCUCGGAUUGUUGGGUUAUGCGUGGCCUAAAGGAUGCCCUGGUGUAUGAAAUGGUGGAUAACGGCUAUGAUGUGUGGUUGGGUAAUGCUCGAGGCAAUACCUAUGGAAAACACCACUUAAAACUAUCAACAGAUUCUCCGAAAUUUUGGGAAUUUUCUUGGCAUGAAAUUGCAGUCAUGGAUUUACCCAAUACCAUCGAUUAUAUUUUGGAGAAGACCCAGCAGACUCGGCUUCACUAUUUGGGGCAUUCUCAGGGUACAGCGAUUUUAUUUGUUCUGUUUUCCAUGCAACCGGAAUAUAAUCGAAAAUUAAAAUCGCUGCAUAUGUUUGCCCCCAUUGCCUAUCUCAAGCAUGCACGAGCUCCACCGAUCCUUUCCUUGGCGCCCUUUGUAAAUAUGCAUACCCCAAUGGAUGGCCUGGUGAGUUAUACUACUACGAGGUAUAUACCGAUUGCUGGGCGUUUAUUUAAAACAUGUAAUAAUCGUAAGGCUUCCAUUGAGGUUUGCACCGUUCUGCUGGCAUUGCUGAAUGGUGGCAUGUCGGAUUUUAUACAAAAAUCCAUUUUACCGGAUGUUUAUGAAACCCACCCGGCAAGUACUUCAGCCCGCCAAUCAUUUCAUUUUAUUCAACUUUAUUUGUCGGGACAUUUUCGCCAGUAUGACUAUGGCAGUCAGGGGAAUUUAGAGCAUUAUAAUCGUACCACACCUCCGGAUUAUGAUGUGAAAAAUAUACAGCCGCGAUUCCCUUUUCAGUUUUACUAUAGUGAUUUUGAUGAUUUCUCUACGAAACCGGAUGUUGAGAAAUUCAUUGUAAUGAAAAUUAUGCAGGAUACGGAGGAGGUAUUACAAAGUGAAGACUCUCAGGAUUAA